AUGGAGCCAAGAAAAAGAGCCAAGCUAGCUAUCAAAUGGCCUUUAAAAUUCACCAUAGAAGGCCGCUAUCACCGAGCUCGUGCAAGCACUAUAACUCUUCCUCAUGGAGAAGUCCAAACACCAGUCUACAUGCCAGUAGGCACCAAAGGGGCUAUCAAAGGCGUCACUUUCCAACAAAUGAGAGAGCUUGGCUGCCAAAUUUUACUAGGAAAUACUUAUCAUCUAGGAAAUUACCCUGGAACUGAAGUCUUAGAUAACUUUUCAGGCCUGCACAAUUUUGAAGGCUGGGAUCGAAAUAUUCUGACUGACUCUGGUGGUUUUCAAAUGGUUUCUUUAUUAAAACUUGCACAAAUCACUGAAGAAGGCGUCGAGUUUGAGUCCCCAACUGAUGGUUCCAGGAUGCUUCUAACCCCAGAGGAAUCAAUGAGGAUCCAAAAUUCAAUAGGAGCCGAUAUCAUGAUGGCACUUGACGAUGUGACGAAUCCUCUUUCUACUAAAGAAAGACUAGAAGAAGCAUGCCACCGUACAACCAGAUGGAUUGAUAGAUGCAUUCUUGCCCAUAAUCCUAGCAAGCCACAAAACUUGUUUGGAAUAGUUCAGGGUGGUUUGGAUGCCUCAUUAAGGGAUAUUUCGUUAGAAGGGCUAAUAUCAAAAAAUUUGCCUGGGUAUGCCAUAGGUGGACUUGCAGGGGGUGAAGCCAAAGAAGAUUUUUGGAAAAUAGUCGCACAUUGUACAAAUAAAUUACCUUGGGAAAAGCCGAGAUACCUUAUGGGAGUAGGAUAUCCUAUUGAUUUAUUGGUGUGCUCUUGUCUAGGUGUUGACAUGUUUGACUGCGUUUUUGCGACUAGGACUGCAAGAUUUGGACAAGUUUUUACAAAAAAAGGCUUUUUAAGGCUUAGGCCUGAAGAAAUGAAAUCAGAUUUGUCUCCUUUAGAUGAGUCCUGCAACUGUCCAACUUGUAUAAAGUAUACAAAAUCGUUUUUGAGCUCUUUGCUACACAAAGAACAAACUGCAUGCCACUUAUUAUCAAUACACAAUAUUUAUUUCUUAUUUACCUUACCCUCGGGUUUUUUUGGAUUUAAGAGGGCCGGACCUGGAACUUUUGUCCGGGAUGGGUUUUUCUCCUGGUCGGACCACACAGGGCAAUUUCCCCCUUACUAUAGACAAGGAAACCAGAUCCAUGCCGCAACUCCUCGCUCUUGGAUGCUAAAGGUAAUGGGCGCAGAAGGGGGAUUUGGGGUCGUGCCCUAUCUCACAUUCAUGGAUAGAUCAUGCCGACCUCUAGGAGUUUCCAAGGAAGUAUCUGAGUGCAUCUCCCCAAGAGAUGGGCGACGUGGUGACGUUGACAGAAAAGGCUGUAAGUUCAACCGAAAUAAACCCCGAAGACCCAUUCUAGCUUUAAUCUAAUCUAUUUACCUUAAUGAGGGAAAUCAGAGAAGCGAUUUUAUCAGGCGAGCUCGAAGAAUAUGCGAGAAAUUUUGUAUUAGAAUGAUUUAACGGAGUAGAAAAUGUGCCGAAUUGGGUAAAAGAAGCAUUAGCUGAAGCCAGUAUUACGUUAAAUUAA